CCCGGUAUUUAUAGAGAAUGAAAGAAAAAUCAGGGGGGAGAUACUCGUUUCAUGGAUUAUAAACAAAAUUCAUAGAGGAAGAAAAAAAAACAAAAUGCAAAGAUAGAAGAAUUACUGUAUUUCCUGUUGUCCGAAACUUGACGUUUGGUUAAAAAAAAGUUGAAAAGCUUUGCCAUGAUUACUUUAUCGAAGAAAUUACGUGAAGAGAAAAACAAAUCAAGGGAUAAAGGUUCGAGGCUUCGUUCUGUUCGAGACAUUUUGUUGACAAAAGGUAUUUUGACAUAUUAAAGUUAAAGUUUUUCUCAUCUGACGGAAAUAUCGUGUGGUAGGUAGUGAUCUGAGUGAGAAUCACUGAGAAAUAAUGUUAGCUCGUUUAUUAGAUGUACUAGUCUUUAAAUUAAGUAUUGACCGCCUAUCUGACGCUGUCUUUAUAUUUUAAAAAACGCUUACCAAACUCGACGUAUCGUAUAUUUAACCAUUGUUGCUAUUCUUUAUUUCAGAAGUGCCAGAAAUGAUCGAAAAUUUACCAGGUUUGUGUUUGGUUAAAGUAUUGAACAAAAAAACACAUAUUAUAAAAUACAACAAAACAUGAUGUGAUUAUUGACCAGAAUAGGCUGAAUAACUUCAAUUUGUAAACUUCUCUGUCUUCAUUAGAUACCUGUCAAGUAGAUUUUAAAGAUCCGGAUAUUUUAAAAGAAUUUGAUUUAACAAUUAAACCAGGUAUUCAUGUAAUAUACAGGGAUAUUGGAGGGGGGUGCCCCUCCCUGCCCUUUCGUAUUAGGGGGCAAGCCGGCAAGGGGUAUUUUACUUCAUUUAUACACAGAUGUAUUAUCAGAUAAACUUUGUCCAAAAAUAAUUCAUAUACAUACUUCAUCUUUAAUUGUUUUCCUAUAGAGGAAGGAUUUUGGUCUGGUGGAACAUUUCAUUUUCAUAUAAAUGUCCCAGAAGAAUAUAACAUAAAAGUAGGUGUAACCAGUAUCUUAACGUCUCAAAACAUGUUUUAUUGGUUCAACUGGGAUGAAGCCCUCAUAUGGAAAAUUUCAUCCCAGCAAGUUUGUAUUGCCGAACACAUAAUGAGGUGAUUUUUGUUGUUAAAGCCGCCACUAGCAAGUUGCAAAACAAGGAUAUGGCACCCAAAUAUAAAUGAGGAAGGACAAAUAUGCUUGAGGUAAUUUAUUAUUGUUGUGGAAUGUGUUUUAAAAGACGCGUUGUAUUCAGGAUUUGAGAUUGGAAUUUUUUCCUGGAAUUGAAUUCUUACAACUUUUUCUUUCAGUUUGUUAAGAGAACACACGAUAGAUGGGUCAGGAUGGGCUCCAACUAGAAAAUUAAAGGUAUAUAACAUAGAUCACAGACAGAUUUUCUGGGGGUGCACACCCCUCCAAAAAAAAAAUUUGUACCCCCUCAGAAAGUUUUCCCACCCCACCUAGAGAAAUGUGCUCCCCCCCUGUUAUUUGCUUCUCACUUUCAUUAACUUUUGAUAGUUUUAUUUCUUAUAGUAUAAUUCGCAUAAUAUAAACUCCUAACAUGUAUAUACUCUAUCUCUAAAAUCCCGUGUCCCACAACUAUUUUCGCGCUCUUUUCGUUCGUUCCCAGUUUUCCCUGUCCGAGCAAAUAUAACUAAAAUAUUAAUGUCAACAGUAAAUGUCCAACACCCCCAAUUUUAAAUAUUCAUUGGAUUAAAUGACAGUACCAAAAAUCUCAAAAUUUCCUCUGCUCCCCUUAUCCCAGCCUUUCACAGAGACUGUCCCAAACUCCUUCUGCAGCUUGCCCUAGCUGCAGCUCCAAGUGCCCCCUGCUUAUACCUUUUACCAGUACAGAACUGGCUAUUAUUAUAAAUCUCUUACAUUUCCAACGACAUUUUUACCCUUGCUUUAUAGGAUUUAGUUUGGGGAAUAAAUUCGCUAUUUACAGUAAGCAGUAUAAUAGAUCGUUUUGGUUCAAUAUGAUAAUUUGAAAAAUUUUGUUUGACAUUUCUAAACUUCUAGAAUUUUUGUUAUCGUUAGGAUUUACUAGAUUUUGAUGACGCAUUAAAUACAGAAGCUGCCAAACAACAUAGGGAGAGCAAGGUGCGAGCAAUUGCUUUCCAAUUUUUUAAUGUCUGCGAGUAAUGAAGUUGUGAUAUUACCUUAUUUCUGCACAGCAGAAUAUUUUUACUCAUAAUUUACCACUGAUGAUCCUUUUCUUUAAACUUCACAGGAAGAAUUUGAAGAAAAAGUGAAAGAUUUUAUUCACAGCUACGCUUUGUGACGAUAUGGCCAUAGGACAUUAAGAAUAUAUUAUUAAUACUGAAAUAUCGCGAAUUUAUAUUCAGUAUAUAAAUGACUGUAUAGUAAGUUAUAACUUAGAUGUACCUAGAAGUAAUUGCGUCGUUGACACCCAAUUUUAUAAAUAAAUCAUAUACUGUUUGUGUUACUGAACUGUUCCGAGAAUGGAACAAAGGUAACCAAGCAUUAGAAUUGAUUUAGGAGAAAUUGGCUGGCAACUGGGUACACACACGUAAAAACUUGUACACUUCUUACAACUUGUCAACAAGAUGUGUUCGCAACAGGUUUGUGGCAAGCUUGUCAACAAGUUGUAACAAUGCUGUUAUUUUAUCAAGUUACUACAAGGUUGUCGUCUGUUGAGCUCAACAACCUUGUAGCAAGUUGUCAACAAGCUGGGAACAAGCAGUGCGAACACAUCCUGUUGACAAGUUGUUGGAACAGCAUUGCUACAAGUCUGCUGCAGCUUUUCUUACAACUUGUGCGUUUUUACGUGUGUAAAAUUCUUGCAAAGGCUUUGAUAGUUGGUUUAAUGUUCAUUUCGUUAAAUAUCUUCUCAUAAAUUAAGGAUUGAGUGAUCACAGCUAGAAAGCUCUUCUGUGUAAUAUAAAGUACGCUUAAUUACGUUUUGUUGAACGGGACCAAAUUGACAUUGUUGUGUAAAUAUUCAAGAACUUUAUAUAUGUACUAUAAAGAUAUAUUUGUUUAUGAAAAAUUAAUAUUGAACGUCAUCAUACCUGCAUUU